UACCGUUCCGAUCAUCCAAGAUCCAAGUACUUGCUGCUUGCUUAUACUGUGCAGUAUGUAUUCGCGAACCUUCGAGUUUGCACGCCAGAUUCCGAUAACGUAAUAUUUACGCAUGAUUGAUCCAACAUAGAUUCGGUAAAGUGCUUUAAUACCGCGAUCAUUAAACACUUCUACCGGACGUGUCGUAUACGUAAUUGUACGUAAUUCACAUGACAGUGGUGUAAAAAAGAUCAGAAUGAGUCACAUUAGGUGUUUGCACAAUCUUACAUCACGUUUAUUCACCAGCAACUUUGAACCUUUCACGAGGAGCUUGUUAAUUAAAAAUGAACGUAGGGGUGUUCAUCAUUCGUGCCAAAUAUUGGUAGUUGGAGGUGGUACCGGAGGUUGUAGUAUGGCUGCAAAAUUUGCCAACAGGUUUAAGGAUCCAAAUCAAGUUAUCGUAGUAGAGCCAAGCCAUGCCCACUAUUAUCAACCUUUAUUUACUUUAAUCGGGGGCGGUAUAAAAUCAAUUCAAAGUUCGAAAAGAUCAAUGAAAGAUGUUUUACCGCAAAAAGCAAAGUGGUUUCAGGAAAGCGUAAUGAGAUUCGAACCAGAACAGAACGAAAUAAUUAUGAGCAACGGCGAUACUGUGCAAUACAAUUACAUGAUCGUUGCAAUAGGCUUGCAAUUGCAUUGGGAAAAAGUACCAGGUUUAAUAGAUGGACUUCGAGACCAUACGUCGCAAGUUUGUUCUAUAUAUGGGCCUGAAACUGUUGCGAAUGUCUUUUCUACAAUUUCAAAAACCAAGGAUGGCACCGCCUUGUUUACCUUCCCAAAUAGCCCAGUUAAAUGCCCCGGAGCUCCACAAAAAAUUGCGUAUCUUGCAGAAGAUUAUUUUCGUAAACACAAGGUGCGUGAUAAUAUAAAGGUUGUUUAUAACACGGCCUUACCGGUCAUAUUCGGUGUUAAAAAAUAUGCAGAUGCGCUUUGGAAUGUGUGCGGACAAAGAGACAUUACAGUAAAUCUUCAAAUGAAUCUUGUGGAAAUAAAUACGUCUGCACGGGAAGCAGUGUUUCAGAGAUUGGAUAAACCAAAUGAGACGGUUGUACAGAAGUAUUCGUUGCUUCACGUAUGUCCGCCGAUGGGUCCACCGGAUGUUUUGAAAAGGCACCCUUCAUUAACGAACGAAGCGGGAUUUUUGUCAGUUGAUCCUAAAACGCUACGUCAUACGAAAUACUCAAAUAUAUAUGGAAUAGGAGAUUGUACGAGUUCUCCAAAUUCGAAAACGAUGGCUGCGAUAGCGGCUCAAGGAAAAGUAUUAUAUAAUAAUCUAACUAACGAUAUGGUGAAUAAAUCUACGACUAUGGCUUACAACGGUUAUUCGUCUUGUCCUUUGGUUACUGGUUAUGGGAAAUGCAUUUUGGCCGAAUUCGAUUAUAAUUUACAACCACUGGAAACGUUUCCAGUAAAUCAAGGACGAGAAUAUUACUUUACGUAUUUGCUUAAGACAUAUUUUUUCCCGUUUAUUUACUGGCAUCUGAUGCUACGCGGCAAGUGGGAUGGACCGGAAUUCUUCCGCAAAUAUACAAGUAUGAUAAAAAAAAGAGAAACUUCUGGUAAAGUUUAAAAUUAAAAUGCUUUCGUAGAACAGAUAUAUUAAAAACAAAAAAUCAUUGUACAUAAUUUUUUUUUAAAUGUUAUUUAGUAUCGCUAAUAAAUAACUGUUAUUCAUAAGAUAUUUAUUUUAUAAAAUACGUAAUCGUGAAAAAAUGGUCGGUGAUUAAAAUUUCUACGUUUAUAACAAAACAGGGAUAUAUGUAUGUAAACAUAUAUUACCUGUAUUCAAAACCUUAUGAUGUUAAUUUCUAUAUAAGCGUAGGGCAA